AUGGACACAGAUAGACCCGCUUCCUCAAAAAUGUUCGAUAUCUCAGACACAGAUUCUGGUAUAUCAUCUGAGAUUACUGAAGCUGAACCAGAAGUCAACAGUCCAACAUAUUCGUCAUCCUUCAUGGAUCCAAUCGAGGCUGCUAUGAAACCAGAUAAUGUGCUAGAAAAGUUUGUAGAAGUCAGCGGAAAACGUUAUUUGAACGAUAACACGGUUAAAUGUUAUUUGCCCGCAGACCGAGAAGAAGGAAUAAGGGAGCACGACCGACAUUAUAUAGAUAGAAUUGUAUGGGAAGGUAACUACUCUGCUCCCGUUUCCGAAAAUCUAUCAUUAGGAGCAAGUGUUCUUGAUGUUGGUUGUGGUGCAGGAGCAUGGGUAAUAGAUACUGCGUUGGAUUACUCCGAAUCAGUAUUCGUUGGAAUAGACAUCGUUCCUUCAUUUCCCGAAAAUCAUCCACCCAAUACUGUAUUUUUUAAAUGUAAUGUUCUGAAUGGUCUGCCGUUUCCAGAUAAUACAUUCGAUUUUGUUCGACAAGGACUCUUACUAGUCGGGAUCGAUUGGCAAUUAUGGAGAGACAAGGUGGUAAGCGAACUAACAAGAGUAACUAAACCCGGAGGUUAUAUCGAAAUUAUGGAUGUAUACGAAGAAAGUACAAAUCCGGGAAUAAUAAGCGGAAAAAUAGACACUUAUUUAUUCGAAAAUCUCCGUAAAGCCGGAAUCAACCCAGCAUCCGGUACAGGCGUAAUAAAAACGUUUAAUGGGUUCAAAGAUAAAGUAAUUGUAGCACCCAUAGAAGUAAGAACAUAUCAUUUGGGAAAGAAAGCAGGUAGAAUAGGUGAGGCGACAUUGAAAUGUAUGGUGGACGCAUACAGAGCAAUGAAAAUCAUUUUCGCUCACAUUAUGAGGGUCACAGAAGAAGAGUUUGAAGAGAUUUUAAUCGAUUUUGAAAAGGAAUGUAAUGAAGCUACGCUCUGCAAAACACGAUACCGUGCCAUUAUUCAAAAGCGUUUGGAUGCGUACGAUAAUUGA